GGAGGGAGGCGGGAGCACCGGCGCGGUCCCGACAUCCCUGCGCAUCCCGCAGCCCCGCCGGGGAUGCCGCCGCCCGCCGGGCCCUGAGUGCCGGGACGCCGGCGGCCGCCGGCCCCGCUCCGCCGCCCCCCCGCCCCCGCCGGAGCCGCCGCCGGGACCAUGGAGGUCGUGGAGGCCAGCACCCUUCAGCAGGAGAGGCUGCAGGCCAUCGCGGAGAAGCGGAAGCGUCAGACGGAGAUCGAGAACAAAAGGCGGCAGCUCGAGGACGACAGGCGGCAGCUGCAGCAUCUCAAGUCCAAGGCUCUGCGAGAGAGAUGGCUCCUGGAGGGGGCCCCAGCUUCUGCCUCCGAGGAGGAAGAGGCCAUGAAGAAACAGAUGCAGGAGGAUGAGGUGAAGACCAAGGAGCUGGAGGAAACCAUCCAGAGGCUGGAGAAGGAGCUGGAGAUGCUGGAGAACAGCAACUCAGUGGCUUCGACCAAGGAGAACCUGGCAGAGGCAGCAGCCAAGGAGGAGAAGGCUGAAGCUGUCCCCAAUGCGCAGAAGAGUCCCCUGGGCACAGUUAAGGCCGACAAAAGGGUCUCCAGCAGCCCCAUGAAGGCAGUGGAAGGCAGUGACAUGAUGAAGGCGGCCAUGUACUCGGUGGAGAUCACAGUGGAGAAGGACAGAGUGACUGGGGAGACCAAGGUCCUGUCCAGCACCACCAUGCUCCCCCAGAACCACUGUCUGCAGGGGGUCAAAGUGUACGAGGAUGAGCUGAAAGUGGUGCAUGCGGUGAGUGCCGAGGACGGGGCCCUGCAGAACGGGGCCCACCCGCUCAGCUCCUCCGAGGUGGACGAGCUCCUGCACAAGGCGGACGAGGCCACCCUGAGCGAAGCCGUCGGGCGCCAGACCCCAGCCAAGGCUGGCAAGGGCAGCGCCCCGGGCAGCCAGAAGCCAACGCCGCUGCGAGAGAUCACCGGGCUGCAAGCCAAGGUGCCACCGGGCGAGGGGACAGAGGCCAGCCAGGAGCAACCCGUCACCAUGAUCUUCAUGGGCUACCAGAACGUGGAGGAUGAGAACGAGACCAAGAAGGUGCUGGGGCUGGAGGGCACCAUCAAGGCAGAGCUGGUGGUGAUCGAGGAUGCCGAGAGCAAGCCGGAGCCGGCACACAAGGACCACACACCGCCCAACGGCACCGCGCUGGAGCCGGCGGCCGCGCAGCCGCUGGGCGAGGAGGGCGCGGGCGGGCAGAAGCCGGGUGCCAACGCUACAGAUGCCAAGGAGGCCGAGCAGGAGACAGACGUGAAGAAGCAGCGCUGCAAGUGCUGCACGGUGAUGUGAGCCCCCGCCGAGCCCCCUCCGCCCCGGCCCCUGCUCGCCAGGCCCGGCACGCCGGGCUUCCCCCCCACCGGACACAGACCCUCUUUCUGCAGAACCGGGGACAUCCAGCACGGUGCCAAUGGGGCCGCAGCGGGCAGUGGCGGCCGUGGCAACGCUCGCCCCAUCUGCCCGAUGCCAGCCCCGUGCUACCCCCCACCAGCGCUGCCUGUGGUAUUUAUUAGUGACCCCCCUCACCCCACAGUGCGCCCACCCCAACACAGCCCGGUCUCAUCCCCACCUGCCGCCGGCACCGGGGCCUUUCCCUCGGUCACCGACGUUGUCCCACCCGCCGUCGGAGGACGGAGCCGCCGGGCAGGGGGUCGGAGGACGACACUGUGUCCGUAGAUGACUCCCCGGGAGCCGCCAGCAGCGGGACCCACUCUUGGUGCAGCCCACGGUGGGCAUCGGACCCAGCCCCGUGCCAGCCCCUCCCUCUGUGCCUCCAUCAUCCGCUUCUCCAGCGGGGAAAGGCCUGGGUCUGUUCCCUGCUGGCUGCCCGUGGACAUCUCUGCUCCAUCUCACGUCCUCAUCGCUGCGGUCCCGGGCUCCCCAGGCCCUCAAGGACAGAGCGUGUCCAGGCGAGAGAAGGGCAUCGAGGGUUGUGUCCCCUCCCUGAUACUCAGCUGUGGUAAUGGCCAGGGCCACGAGGGGCUCCUGCAGAAUCAACCCAGCCUGUCCCCAGGCCUGCUGUGCUCCUCCUGGGCUCAGCUCCUGGUGCUGGCAGUGGUGGCCAUUCCUCUGGCUCAGCUGUGGCUGGUGCUCGUGUCCUGGGGCAAUGCCAGCGAGGGAAGGGGAACAAACUUGGGGGAUCCAGCCGUGUGGAGCAGGAGUGGGGUGGGGGUCCUGUGUUUCCUUGUGGCAGCAGGAAUAUGGCCCAGCAUCCUGUCCCUUCCUGCCUCUGCCACUCAGCAGCAGCAGCUUUGCAGAGCCACGUCUGGGGGUCCCAGGCAGCAGCAUUGGGUCCCCCAGGGGAGUGGGGCAGCCCAGUUCACCCCAGUACUGGCACUGGGAGCUGUCAAGGGUCUGGUGCCCCACAGAGGGCAGCUUUUCUGCUGCCCCACCCUGCACCCCAGCCCUUCAGUGGGGAUUUCACCACCAGCACCAGCGUUUUCUCCCCAUUGAGACCAGCUGGGGCAGGGGGAGGGCCGUGGUUUUUGGUCCCCAGUGCCCGCAUCAGCUGCCCCUGCACUGCAGCAGCCGGGCUGGCAGUGCCCAGAUCCUUGUCCAGGGGCUUUGGGCAGGGUGCAGCCACCAGCAAGGGAUCCUUGUUCAAGUGUGAGAGGAUUCCUUCUGCUGUGAGGCUGGGCAAGUCCCCAGGGAUCCCCAAAAACACGUGGAGCAGCAUCCACGCUGUCCAGCCCACCAGGACACCGGUGGUGGAGCAGCCAGGGACGGGGCUCAGCUCCCCCAAGGAUGGGCCUUCCUUCCCCCACAUUCCUCUUGUGUGAGCAGUGACACCCCCUGUCCCCAUCACAUCCCACUUGUCCCCAGGUACCCCCAGCUGCAGUUUUCCCCCCAGCUGAGUCAUUGCAGGGCUGAGGAGGGGAGGGCUCAUGGUGCCACCCCUGUCCUGAGCCCCAGCCAGGCACCCACAGCCUCUGGGAGAGGCAGGGCUGGGGAAGGGGGGCUUUGGGAGGGCACUGCCAGGGGAAGGGGGGGACUCCCCUGCCCCAUCCACUGCUGGGCAUCGCUGGAGCCCCAUUGCUGCAGAGCAGGACACGGGCUGGGUGCCACAGGGCAUCUGCCCCCACAGUCCUGGGGGAAUGUCACCUCUUGCCACCCCACAUCAGGGGCCAACACCACCCACCCCAUCCCACCCUGGGCCCUGCAGUCCCCAAGCUGGGGCUCCCUCCUGCCCUUGGCACCCCCUGCCCCUCGGUUGGCUUUGACCCCCAGCCCAGACUGGACCCUGGUGUGGGGGGCAGCAGGACCAGGGCCAGGUCUGGGCUGGGGUGUGAGAGGAGUGGGCGGUGGGCCUGGCAUUGUCCCCACCCCACCCCAAGCCCCCCUGUCCCCCACCCGGCUCUGCUGAAGUG